GAUAUUGUUGAUCUUUGUACAAGGUCUUGUGGAGCGUAUUGGCAGAUAUGAAUUGUGAUUGGCUGAUCAGAUGAGUAGGCAGUAUGCGAGACAGAAUAAAUAAACAGGCGAACACAUCUGUUGAGUAGAAUUCAAGUGUUCAUUGACCAGAUCGUAUUUACUACUAGACAGACGACUAUAAAAUUUAACAAGUUUGUGUAGUGAAAUUUCUCAAGGGCAAGCAGUAUCUGACCAGGAUUAAGAGAAGUAAAAAGACUACGGAAUCUAUCCCUUGAUUGAUUCUACUGGAAACAGCACCAUGGACAACAUCAUAAUGACUGAUCAGUAUAUUGACACCACAGACUACGAUCAAGACGACUGGAACAUAAUUCUUGAGCAAGUCCACAAGGAUAAUAAAGAUAUUUGCAGCUCGGACAAGAAGAUCCACCUGAGUGCCAGGAACGUUCCCAGCGCAUGGCGGUAUCUGAAAGUGGAACUCAACACCAAGACAGUGAGCGCCACAGGGACUCAUGAUGAUCCAGCGACAAUAUGGAAGUGUGACAAAUGGUCUGACGGCAGUCUUCAGUUCAUCACGGACAUGACUCCCAACUUCAUCAUGUACAUUUGUAAUUGGCAGCUUAUGGCACGGAAACGAGACAAGAAAACAGACGACAAAGAUGACCAAACCAAAUUUAUACCCUAUUUUCUGGACCAGAACCACUGCACACUGGAGUCUAAAGGUACACGCGGAGUGUACCUGGCAUUUGACGACACCGGCCGGUUCAAGAACCAGCGAGAUGGACAAAUUGACAGCAAUGACAAACAUCUUCUCCUGCAAAUUUUCAAACCGACAUGAACACAAAUUUCUCAACUCGUCUUUAGGACUUCAGACUUGUGGGCCACCAAGAAUGUUCUUUAACUCUAACUACAUUUCUUAAAAAGAACUGUCCAAUUAAUGUUUUUCUCUCAAAAAGCAAAAUUGGGGCUGAUAAAGCCAGACGAUAUUCUAAUAGAUUUGUCUUUUAGUUUUAACCCGGUCAUGUUUUUGUCUUCAAAUUUUGAAGACAACGAGAAGGCAGCAAUAUCAUUUAGGGAUCAUCUCAAAAGUUUUCAUGUACACAAAAUCAUCCAUCACGACCAUUUUUCAAAACUCAAUUUUUCAAUACCAAGCGCACAAUACAUUUUCACUCAGACAUACAUGUAUCAGCACAGGUCAUCCAAACACCACUGAAGUCUCCAAUUCUCAUGUUUUUGGUUCCAUAAACUGACCAGGGUACGGUUCCAAAGACUGCAUGUUGUGACAUGCAUGAACGGCCAACACAUUAUCAUAAUUUUGGCAUCUUUCAGUGCUUGCUGCAUGUUGUGUUAUUAACUGUGUAAUUUUAAAUGUAUCAUUUCUCAGUUUGAUGUUCAUAUAGAACCUUCAUUCUGUAAAUAUUUAUUCUCCUGAAGAUUUAACACAGGUGCUAUCAUCACCUUGCCUGGGAAAUAUACCGAUCUCAAACAUCAUCUAUCUUCUUAGACGUGUUCUCCACACCACCAUAUGAUUGAAACUAUGGUACGAGAUUCCUUAGGAAUGGGGUGGAGAACACCGAUCAUCAUCAACUACAAUGUAAGAUGUGUUGUCCACACCAUCCGAGCGACUGAAACUACGGGAUUCCCUUGAAAUGGGGUGGAGAUCACAGGUCACCAUCAAAUACAAAGUAAGGUGUGUUUUCCAAACCAACUGACUAGAACUACUUGAGGUUGGAACAGCUGAAAGGUUACAAUUCUACUUUUUCUGCAGUUAGAGGAGUUUCUUGUAUGAACCGUGACCGAGUAAUUGAAUGAGGUUAUGUAUUUAAAUGCUAAAUUGUUCAGUAUGUUUUGUCUUAGAUUCCAUAGAAUAACAUCCAAAUAAACGAAUAAAAUGAGAAAAGAAUUUUUGUUUUC